AUGCCACCAGCGCUGAUCGAGGCUUUCGCUUAUGUGAAGAAGUCUGCCGCCAUCGUCAAUAUGACCUACGGUUUGGAUCCUAAAAUAGGCCAGGCAAUUUGUCAAGCUGCCGACGAAGUUAUCAGCGGGAAACUGAGUGACCACUUUCCCUUAGUUGUCUUCCAAACUGGUUCCGGUACCCAAACCAACAUGAAUGUUAACGAGGUGAUAUCGAACCGAGCAAUUGAAAUCCUCGGCGGAGAAAAGGGUAGCAAGAAGCCCGUCCACCCUAAUGAUCAUGUCAACAUGUCCCAACCCUCAAACGACACGUUUCCUACGGCGAUGCACGUGGCUGCCGUGUUCCAAAUCACUCGGAAUUUGAUUCCUGCUCUUGAGUCGCUCAUCCGCGCGAUUGGCGCCAAAAGAGUAGAGUUCGACUCGAUCAUCAAGAUCGGACGAACUCAUCUACAGGAUGCUACUCCGCUGACUCUGGGUCAAGAGUUUUCCGGCUAUGAACAGCAGCUGAUCAAUGGUUUGGCGCGUGGCGGAACAGCAGUCGGAACGGGUCUGAACACUAAAUCUGGAUUUGCUGAAGCCAUCGCGAAGGAAAUCACUCAGCAAACUGGGAUACCCUUCGAGACCGCACCCAAUAAGUUCGAAGCGCUUGCCUCACAUGAUGCCAUUGUGGAGACAUCUGGGGCUCUCAACGUGCUGGCGGUCAGCGCGAUGAAGAUUGCCAACGACAUCCGAUUCUUGGGCAGUGGAGCUCGCUGUGGUCUUGGCCAAUUGAGUCUGCCCGAGAACGAGCCUGGUAGUUCGAUUAUGCCUGGGAAGGUGAACCCUACCCAAUCCGGGGCAAAUGGCCGCUUCAAAUUGAAUGUGUUCAAACCGGUUUUGAUCAAGAACUUGCUGCAGUCUAUCAGGCUAUUAGGGGACGGCUUCAGAUCAUUUGAGACUAACUGUGUUGUGGGAAUUGAAGCCAACAAGGCUAGGAUUGAACAAUUGCUCAACAAAUCUUUGAUGUUGGCCACCAUUCUCAACGGUCAACUUGGUUAUGACAAUGUCGCAAAGUGUGCAAAAAAGGCGCAUAAGGAGGGCACCACAUUAAAAGAGGCUACAUUAUUGUUAGGCUUGCUUGAUGGCGCUGAGUUUGACAAGAUAGUUCACCCCGAGUUGAUGUUGGGGCCCAAUUAUAAAUCCAAGUCUGGUUAG